AUACUAAGGGAUGCUGUUAAUACUUACAACCUCGUCCGCCCGCCAUCUCCGUUCGCGAGAGUCAAGUCUGAUCAACGGGAUCCACGGUCCAUGACCCUUGGGCUAUUCAUCAUGGAGCUGGAUACCUUUCAGAUUCGCUUCGGCGAAAUUGCUCACGCCGUGUCUUCCAAUUUCCAGAAACUCCCCGGUUCCGCCAUGCUGGCGCGAUACAUCCAAUCGAGUUACCAAAAUGACCCGGUCCGAUCUGCCAUUGAGCUCGUCCUCGUUCUAUUCUUCAUACGCUACCUGAUGUCACCCUCGUAUUCUACUCACAAGCAGAAUUUCGUCAAACUGCGAGAAGCUGAGAUUGAGGAAUUGAUUGAUGACUGGACUCCCGAGCCCUUGGUAGCGGAUCAGACUCCCACGGAAGAACUCGAGAACGAAAAGCUACCGGUUAUUGUAGGGCCGACGGGUCCGAAAGUCAAGCUAUCUAAUGGACGGACGGCCAUCAAUCUGGCAUCGUACAAUUUCUACAACUUCAACGCGAAUGACCAAAUCAAGGAGAAGGCCAUCCAAACCCUGCGUACAUAUGGCGUUGGGCCUUGUGGCCCCCCUCAGUUCUAUGGCACCCAGGACGUCCAUGAAAAGGCCGAGGCGGAUAUUUCUACGUUUCUCGGCACGGAAGGCUGCAUCGUAUAUGCGCAGACAUUCUCGACGGUAUCAAGUGUGAUCCCCGCUUUUUGCAAGCGCGGCGAUGUCAUUAUUGCGGACGCUGCUGCCAACUACUCCAUUCGCAAGGGCCUCCAGAUUUCAAGAAGCAACAUCAGAUGGUUCAAACAUGGAGACAUGAAUGAUCUAGAGAAGGUGAUGAAGUCGGUCGCAAACGAACAGGCAAAGUCGGGCAAACUGACCCGCCGGUUUGUUGUCACAGAGGGCCUGUUUGAGACAACUGGUGAUGUUACGGAUCUGCCUCGACUGGUUGAGCUGAAGGAAAAGUACAAGUUCCGCAUCAUUCUGGACGAAACAUGGUCAUUUGGAGUACUUGGCCGAACUGGACGUGGUCUCACCGAAGCACAAAACGUUGAUCCGCAACAAGUGGACAUGAUUAUUGGAUCACUCUCCGGUCCCCUGUGUGCUGGAGGUGGUUUCUGUGCGGGAUCCAAAGAUGUGGUUGUCCAUCAGCGCAUCACUUCCUCCGCUUAUACCUACUCUGCCGCCUUGCCCGCAAUGCUAGCCAUGACGGCGAGCGAGUCUGUGAAACUACUGCAGUCGAAUCCUGAGGUGCUUGUUCAAUGCAGAGGGAAUAUCCGAGCAUUGAGGGCACAGCUUGACCCACGUAGCGAUUGGGUCGUGUGCACCAGCUCGCUGGACAAUCCCAUCUUGCUCCUAGUGCUGAAGCCCGAAGUUAUCAAGGGAAAGAGACUGACGGUGGAUGAUCAAGAGAAACUCUUGAUGGAAUGCGUCGAGGAGUGUCUAGCAAAUGGUGUUUUGAUCACCCGACUGAAGACAAGGCCAUAUGCGAAUGCAAUGGCGGCCAAGGAUGGAGAUUGGACACUCCAGCCAGCCCUCAAAGUGUGCGUCACUUCUGCGCUAUCUAAAAAGGACAUUGAAAAGGCGGGCAUUACGAUUCGACACGCCAUUACGAAGGUUAUGACUCGGAAAUCAACGAAUAAGGCCAUCUAACUCAUAACUUCAAUAUCUCCUCCCC